UUGCACUUCAAAAUCCAUUUCAGGUACGUGAAGGUGGGUGACACUAUUCAUCAGUUUGACCCCGUAUGUGAAGUUCAAAGUGAUAAAGCUACGGUCACCAUCACUAGUCGUUAUGACGGUACCAUCCGCGCGCUGCACUUUGAGCCACAGGAUAUGUGUGCAGUUGGUCAGGCUUUGGUUGAUAUUGAGCUAGCGGAAGGAGCAUCAGAUACUCCCAGCCCUGCCGAGCCAGCGCACGCUUCGCCCACAACGGUUGAAGCCCGUACGCCGGAACCGGAUCAUACAUCACAUUCCGAAGCUUUUGGAAAGGCAUUGGCCACUCCGGCCGUUCGUCGUCUUGCAGUAGAGAACAAGGUCGGUGUCCCAUCUUUUGGAGAUUUAAAUUAUUGUGUAUCCAAUAGUUUAAAUCAGGUACAUUUCAAAAAUGUCAAUUUUUUGGGCUAA